AUGGUCAUCAAGGUGGGCAUCAACGGCUUCGGCCGGAUUGGCCGCAUCGUGCUCCGCAACUCCUUCACCCACGAGGAUCUCGAGGUCGUUGCUAUCAACGAUCCUUUUAUCGAUAUCAAGUGUGCGGCAUACAUGCUCAAGUACGAUUCCACCCACGGCCGCUUUGAGCAUGAGGUCCGUAUGGAUGACGACUCCCUCCUCAUCCAGCCGGGGAAAAGGGUGAGAUUCUAUGCGGAGAAGAAUCCCGCUGAUAUUCCCUGGAAGGAUACGGGGGCGGAGUAUAUCAUCGAGUCAACUGGAGUCUUUACCACAGUUGAUAAAGCAAAGGCCCAUCUACUAGGUGGAGCAAAGAAGGUGAUCAUCUCUGCCCCAUCGGCAGAUGCUCCGAUGUACGUGAUGGGAGUGAAUGAGGACAAGUAUGACGGUGCAGCAGUGGUAUCGAAUGCCUCAUGUACCACUAACUGUCUGGCCCCCCUGGUCAAGACCAUCCAUGAGAAGUUUGGGUUUGUGGAGGGCCUGAUGACGGCGAUUCAUGCAUACACGGCAACGCAGAAACUGGUUGAUGCCCCGUCCUCCAAAGACUGGCGCGGGGGCCGUGCUGCAGCAAAGAAUAUCAUUCCUAGCAGUACAGGGGCAGCAAAGGCAGUGGGUAAGGUGAUUCCCGAGUUGAAUGGCAAGGUCACUGGCAUGUCAAUGCGGGUACCCACUUCCAAUGUGUCGGUGGUCGACUUGACUUGCCGGAUUGAGAAGAGUGCAUCAUAUGAGGAGAUUGUUGCUGCCAUCAAGGAGGCAUCGGAGGGCCGGCUCAAGGGGAUCCUCAGCUACACCGAGGAGGAUGUUGUCUCGCGAGACAUCAUUGGAAAUCCAUCUUCGUCCAUUUUCGAUGUCAAGGCAGGCAUCUCGUUGAACCCUAAAUUUGUCAAGCUGGUGAGCUGGUAUGAUAACGAAUGGGGAUACAGCCGGCGAGUGUUGGACCUGGUGGCUUAUAUUGCCAGCGUGGAUGAUCACAAGUGA